AUUCCUCACAGAACUCACUUUGUGAGUGUGAUUUUCCUGACAACAGAUUGUACUCAACAAUAUAUAGCUGAGAUUAGUUGCUUGUGCUUUAUAGUGGACUGAUGGUGACAAAGUAUUGAUCAUAAUGUCAAAACCUGACAGGCAAUCAAGCCUCCCCAACACAGCAGCACUGGAGAGACAGGAGAACUUUGACCUUGCAUCACACUGAAACAGGGAGUGUGUCAGAGAUGACCAAAUAGCUGACUGCAGACUUUUAGCAGAACUGUAGUCAAAAUCAAAACCAAACUGACCUCAGUUCAUCAGGAUUUUCUCAACAACAAAGUCUAACAUACUGUGUGUGGUUAUGGCUGCUGCCAGUUGUCUGCUGACUGAAGAUCAGUUUCUGUGCUCCAUCUGUCUGGAUGUGUUCACUGAUCCAGUUGGCACACCAUGUGGACACAACUACUGUAAGAGCUGCAUCACCAGACACUGGGAUAUCAAUGUCCCCUGCCAGUGUCCUAUGUGCAAGGAGGUUUUCUACACAAGACCUGAGCUGCGGGUCAAUAUCUUCAUCUCAGAGAUGGUUUCUCAGUUCAGACAGUUGGCUGAACAGGAACCCAAAAGGAGCAGCUCAGAGCUACAGAGUGCCAGAUCAGAAGAUGUUUCCUGUGACGUCUGCACCGGAACCAAACUGAAAGCCCUGAAGUCCUGCCUGAUGUGUCUGGCCUCCUACUGUGAGACUCACCUGGAGCCUCAUCUGACAGUGUCAGGACUGAAAAGACAUCAGCUGAUCGACCCUGUGGAGAACCUGGAAGACAGAUUCUGUAAGAAACACAAAAAGCCCCUGGAGCUGUUUUGCAAGGACGACCAGACGUGUGUCUGCACACUCUGUGCUGUUUUAGGCCACAAGACACAUGAUGUGGUUACUCUGACAGAAGCACACAAAGGAAAGAAGGCAGAGCUGGGGAAGACAGAGGCUGAAAUUCAACAGAUGAUCCAGAAGAGACGAAUGAAGAUUCAUGAGCUGAAACACUCAGUGAACCUGAGUAAUAAAGAUGCAGACAGAGAGAAAGCAGCUGGUGUUAAAAUCUUCACCUGGUUGAGGCAGAUGAUGGAAAUAGUCCAGAAGGAGGUCACUGAGACAGUUGAAGAGAAGCAGAGAACGACAAAAGAACAGGCCGAGGGUUUAAUCACAGAGCUGGAAAUGGAAAUCUCUGAGUUGACAAAGAGAAGUGCUGAGAUGGAGCAGCUCUCACACUCUGCAGAUGACCUAGAUUUCCUCCAAACCUUUCUGUCCCUAAAAACUGCUUUACCCACCAAGGACUGGACAAAGGUCAGCAUAUCUCCACCAUUAUAUGAAGGAACUGUGAGAAUGGCUAUGGAUAAAUUUGAAGACUACCUGGAUGAGUGUGAGGGACAGAUGGAUGAAGUGAUAAAUGAGCUGUCUGAGGCUGAGUUGAAGAAGGUCCAGCAGUAUGCAGCGGAUGUGAUACUUGAUCCUGACACAGCACAUCCCAGACUCAUCCUGUCUGAUGAUGGAAAACAGGUAAGGUGUGGCUGGAUGAGGAGGACAGUCAGAGACAACCCAGAGAGAUUUUCUUAUCAUCACAAUGUGUUGGGGUUGCAGAGUUUCUCUACAGGAAGAUUUUACUGUGAGGUUCAGGUUAAGGAAAAGACUACGUGGGAUUUAGGAGUGGCCAGAGAGUCGAUCGACAGGAAGGGAAAAGGUCCACUGAGUCCCCAACAAGGUUACUGGGCCAUAGGUCUGAAGAAUGGAGAAUACAUAGCUCACGAUGACGAUCCAGAUGAGCUCUCUGUUGGGGAUCUUGAGAAGGUGGGAGUGUUUGUGGAUUAUGAGGAGGGUCUGGUCUCCUUCUAUGAUGUGGAUGAUGGAGAUCUCAUCUACUCUUUUACUGACUGCUCAUUCACCGAGAAACUCUACCCAUUCUUCAGUCCUGGGGGUAUAAACUCCAACCCUCUGAUCAUCACUCCUGUCAGUCAGUAGAAUAAUAACAGUUUGAUUUUCUAUUCACUACAUCUACUGGCAUUUAAACAUAAAAUCUGUCACAUCUCACAUCAGUGAGAAUCAAACCUUUGAUUCUCACUGAUGUAUUUUUCUGCUUUAUGUUUUCAGGAUGUCCAUCCAUACCUAUGGAUGUCCCAUUCUCAUGAAUACGAUAUCUCAGUUAAACAAAGGAAUUUCUUGAAAUUUUGAUACAAAUGUUUUUACUUGGACUCAGGGAUAAUCUGAUUAAAUUUUGGUGGUCAAAGGUCAAAGGUUGAGGUGAGGGUGACUUCACGGCCAUAACUUAAGAAAUCAUAUGCUAAUAACCUGUAAGUGGACUGGUUGGCAGAGACAAUUGCAAGGCGGUAAUUGUUGUUCUUUGAUGUGUUCUUGCUUGUUUGGUCUGGUUGAAAAAGUACAAUACUGAUUUCACAGAGUGUCCAAUUAUCUGAAAACAAAAUAGUGAUAAAAAGCAUUUACAAAAACCAUGUUAUGUAUAGGGUGGCAAAUUAAAAACUAAUCAUUGUAUUGUAAAAUGAAUAGGUUUCAGAUGAUGAAUAAGAAUUUUGUCAUUUGUGUUUCUCGCAUUGUGGUCAAUUUUCUUUAAAUAAAUGAAAGCAAAUGGAAAGAUCUGAACUGAUGUAUGUCAUGUUUUGUGUAGGUAUGCCUUGAAUAUGAAAUGAUUGGAAUUAUAUCAAAGUUUAAAAAUAAAACUUUUACUUUGAAAAUAACACCUAGAUAGAUAUGGAAGAGGGUGAUUGAAUCCAGCAUACACAAAGUAAAUGUAUUCACACAGGAAUGACUUCAAAAACUCAAUAACUGUUAUUAUGAAUGUGAUUCAUCUGAUGAUCAUGCAAACUGUCAAACAAGCAAUUUAUAGUCUAUAAUCUAUCUAUGAAAGAGGGUUGAAACAGAGCUGUGUUGUUCUAAAGUA